AUGCGCAGCCUCAUCGGUCUUGUACUGCUUCCACUAGCAGCAGCGGUUCCCCAUGCCUCAUACAACUCACACCAUACUUACGACUACAUUGUUGUCGGAGGUGGCACUAGUGGCCUCGUUGUUGCAAACAGAUUAUCAGAGCAAAAGAACACUACCGUCCUCGUGAUCGAAGCCGGCGGCUCCGUAUAUAACAAUCCAAAUGUAACCGACACUCUCGGAUAUGGUAAAGCAUUCGAUACAGACAUUGACUGGGCCUACAAAACGACAAACCAAGAAUAUGCUGGUGGAAUCUCACAGACGGUACGAGCUGGAAAGGCACUCGGAGGAACAUCGACCAUCAACGGCAUGGUCUACCUUCGUGCCCAGGCAGCCCAGAUCGAUGCGUGGGAGACUGUGGGAAACAAGGGCUGGAACUGGAAGAAUAUGCUCCCAUACUUCAAGAAGAGCGAACAGUUGCAAGAUCCGGCACAUUACCCAUUCUUGGAUGGAUCGGGAGUUGCCUUUGAUCCGGCCUACCACGGCUUUACUGGGUCUUUGAAGGUCGGUUGGUCUUCAACACAGUUGAACGAUGGUCUCGCCCAGAAAAUGAACGCUACCUACCAGAACCUCAAGGUCCCUGUUCAGUACAAUCCGGACCCCAAUGGCGGAGAUAUGAUUGGAUACAGUCUGUAUCCCAUGACUGUUGAUUCUGAGCUCAACAUUCGCGAGGAUGCUGCUCGUGCCUACUAUUAUCCUUAUCAUAAUAGAACCAAUCUUCAUGUCUGGCUUCACACAAACGCCAACAGAAUUACCUGGAAGGAUGGCCAUGAUAUCACCGCAAGUGGUGUCGAAGUCACCCUGUCCAACGGCACAACCACUGUAGUGACGGCUACCCGGGAAGUAAUUCUCGCUGCCGGUGCACUGAAGUCGCCCGUUCUGCUCGAGCUUUCUGGUAUCGGGAACCCAGACAUUCUUUCGAAGUACGGAAUCACCCCCAAGGUUAACCUGCCAACUGUUGGCGAAAACCUGCAGGAUCAAAUGAACAACGGGCUCCAGUUCGAUUCAAAGACCAGCUACAACAACAAGAGUGCCGAUUACGUUUCCUACCCCUCGGCAGCUCAGCUCUUCCCUAACUCUACAACAGUCGGAGUCGAGCUUCUUCGCAAGCUCCCCGCUUAUGCAGCCCAGGUUGCAUCCGCCAACGGUAACAUCACCAAAGCCCGCGACUUAUACCGCUUCUUUAAGAUCCAAUGGGAUUUGAUCUUCAAGUAUGGUAUCCCUGUCGCGGAAAUUCUGCUAGAGCCCUCUGGAACCAUGUACGACACCGAAUACUGGGGAUCUGUUCCGUUUUCCCGCGGUAGCGUUCACCUCUCUUCUGCAGACCCUACGGCGGCGGCUAUCAUUGACCCAAAGUACUUUAUGCUGGACUUUGAUCUACAUGCUCAGGUACAGGCGGCGAGGUUUAUUCGGGAGGUCUUCAAGACUAAGCCAUUUGCUGAUAUGGCUGGUGCUGAGACCAGCCCUGGUCUUUUGACUGUGGCUGCUGAUGCGGAUGACAAGGACUGGGCUGAUUUCAUCAAGGGUAACUUCCGAUCAAACUUCCACCCGAUUAGCACAGCUGCCAUGAUGCCCAAGGAUAUUGGUGGUGUCGUCGACUCAUCAUUAAAGGUUUACGGAACCUCAAACGUUCGUGUUGUGGAUGCUUCUGUCUUGCCGUUUCAGGUCUGUGGUCACCUCCAGAGUACCGUCUAUGCGGUCGCCGAGCGUGCGGCCGAUAUCAUCAAGGGCCGGUUGUAA